AUGUCUGUACCAGAGGAACGUUAUCGUCGCAGAGCCAUAACCCGCUCAAAGAACUGGACCAUCAAGGACGCCUUUCAUGCUUUGGAUGAAGAAUUCUGGUGCAGAAAUGUCGCAAAUAAUCCAAAGGAUUUCGUGGCAGGAGUGAGUCAUCCACUGGAGGGUGACCCAGGCUAUCAGUUUUGGCUUGAGCUCAACGGAGAGAUUCGACAGUACUUUCAUAUUGCUGCAGAUUCUCCAGACAAGAAAGGGAGCCAUCAUCCUAUGACCAGAAAGACCAUAGAUGCAGCACUUACAGCUAUAGAUGCCUUCUAUGGCGACCGAGUUGUUGUCGUUGAUGGAGAGCAAGUUCCCUGGGAAGAGGCAAUACCCAGGAGAGCAGAAUGGAUCGUCGACCGCUUCUGCAGUCCCUUCCAGGGAUGGAACCCGAUCCUGAGCAAUGCUGCCUCUAUAUUGGGACUCAAUCAGUGGCUGGACAUCAUGGGACCCGGUCCUGAAACUGAAAUCCGACCUUCUAUUCAGGAGGUUGAUGGCCCCACGCAGGGAGACACUCAAGGUGAUGGCCCCUCCUACAUGGGCGCAUGGAGAUCUUUCAAAAACGAUGAUGUCCUUGAAGAGUUGAAGAAGGGGCUCGAGGAUCAAAGCAAAAAAGUUAAGGAACUGAAUACCGACGUUGGCUACCUCAUGGGAGAUUACGAAAUAAGAUCGGACGACCUGAAGGCACUCAAAAAGGAGUUAACGUGCCAAGACCAGAAGGUCGAACGACUUGAAAAUUCGGUGGUUGAGUUGACAACGAAGGUGGAUAAACGCAAAGAUGAACAAGAGGAGCGCCACAAGAAACAACUGGAAGAGGUAGAAAAGCGACUGACAACCACUGUGGAUGAGAUCAAGAGCUUGAAGUCUUCCAUCCUCCAUCAAUCGCCUGCUGGUGUGAGUACAGUUACCACAGCAGGUGGUGCGGCCACCGAAUCUGUUGAGGAUGUCUUUAGCAGUGGGACAAAGCCAUCUACUCCCAAGCCUCGAGGUCCUCCUUCUAAUACAGCCAGAGGCCAAAGUGGUUCUGCGAGUUUAGCGCUCAGCGGCCUUUACGCGCCUAUAAAGUCUAGCAGUCCUCUCGAUGUAGGACAGGCCUCGCGGAAACGCAAGGCCUCCGCUCAAUCAUCCCCAACAUCCACUCCUGAGCCUCGACGUCUUGCUUCCGUUACAGCCAGAGGCCAAAGUGGUUCUGCGAGUUUAGCGCUCAGCGGCCUUUACGCGCCUAUAAAGUCUAGCAGUCCUCUCGAUGUAGGACCGGCCUCACUGAAACACAAGGCCUCCGCUCAAACAGGUCCCACACCAACACGAACUUUUACCGUCGGCGGUCGCAACAAUUCCCAAGGGUCUUCCAAUCGUUCAUCCCCAUUGACUAACCAUGGCUUCAGCAAAACUGAUCCAAGACUCAAAGAGCUUCUCAUAAGGAGGCGUAGGCGCAACAAGGAAACGUCGGAGGAGGAAACGUCGGAGGAGGAAAAGACCAAGGAGAAAAAGGCCAACGAGAAAACCCCCAAGCAGGAUGGAAAGUGA